UUAACUUUUUUCUUGAAAAAAAAAACAUAAUUAACACCCAAAAUAACUCAAACGGCUUUCCAUGCUCUCCCUUUUAAAACGAAAAUAAAAAAAAAAGAAAAUCCAUUUCAUCUGUCCUCUGUUCUAUAUUCCCCUACUAAUCCCCCUUCCCUAUAUAUAUAGCUCUGUUUCUCAAGCCUUCUAAUUUUCUAUCUUCUUCCUCCUCAGUCCUCUCUGUACUGUCACAUCCUAGAAAAAGCUGCAAAUUCCAAUUUCAAUUUCAUAUACUUCGUAUUAUAUUAUAAAAACUUCCUUGAACGUAUCGGAUUCUCGGCUAUAUAAACCGCACAUGUAAUCUUAACUGUGAAGACCUACAAAUGCCAAACAUCUAAUUUCAUAAAAAUGGGGAAGAAGAAGGUAGUAGUAGUAGUUCGAGAGUAUGAAAUGGAAAGAGAUUGUAAAGAAGUUGAACAAGUAGAGAGGGGUUGUGAAGUGGGUCCCACUUCUAAACUUUCUAUCUUCACUGAUCUUUUAGGGGACCCUCUUUGCCGCAUACGCCAUUCCCCUGCUUUUCUCAUGCUGGUGGCAGAAGUUGUGGAAGAAGAUGAAGAAGAAGGGAAGGAGAAAAGAGAGAUAGUGGGAAUGAUAAGAGGAUGUAUAAAAACGGUUACAUGUGGUAAAAAGUAUCCACGACCUUCUAAGUCUAUCCUUUAUGACUCCUCUAAACCUCUCCCUGUCUUCACCAAACUCGCCUACAUUUUAGGCCUUCGUGUUUCCCCUUCCCACCGGCGAAUGGGGGUAGCGUUGAAAUUGGUGAAUAAGCUAGAAGAAUGGUUCCGCCAAAACGGAGCUGAAUACUCUUACUUAGCAACAGAGAGUGAAAACGAAGCUUCUAUCUCUUUGUUCACUAAAAAAGAUGGAUACUCCAAAUUCAGAACCCCAUCCAUAUUAGUCCAACCCGUAUUCGAACACCGGGCUAAAGUCUCAAACCGGGUCACCAUCUUCCGGGUUCUACCUUCCGACGCGGAAAUUCUCUACCGCUGGAAGUUCUCCACCAUGGAAUUCUUCCCACGCGACAUCGACGCUGUGUUACACAAUCGCCUCACUCUCGGCACGUUCAUUGCGGUUCCGCGUGAAACCUACGCGCCGAACUCGUGGCCUGGGGCGGAGAAGUUCUUAUCCUACCCGCCGGAAUCAUGGGCUUUGCUCAGUGUUUGGAACAGCAGUGAUGUAUGGAGAUUAGAGGUACGCGGCGCUUCGCGCGUGGGGAAAGGGUUGGCAAAGACGAGUCGGAUAAUGGACCGGGCUUUUCCGUUUUUGAAAAUCCCUUCGUUUCCGGAGGUUUUUAAGCCUUUUGGGCUUCACUUUUUGUAUGGGGUUGGUGGUGAAGGCCCACGGGCCGUGAAGUUUGUUAAGGCAUUAUGUGGUUUUGCACAUAACCUUGCACAGGAAAAAGGGUGUAGCGUUUUGGCAACUGAAGUAGCUAAUACUGAUCCGCUAAAGAUGGGAAUCCCACACUGGAAAAAGCUAUCUUGUGAAGAAGAUGUUUGGUGUAUUAAACGGCUUGGGGAGAAUUACGGCGACGGAACCGUCGGCGAUUGGACCAAAUCGCUGCCCGGUGAAUCUAUUUUUGUCGAUCCCCGAGAGUUUUAGACUCUUUUUAGUUAGUUAGUUAAUUAAUUAAUUAGUAGUUAAAUUGUAGUUAUCUAACAAAUCUCAAUUAAUGGAAAAACACGAAACAACAAAAUAAUAAUAAUUAAAAAUUCGCGGUUUUAUGUAUUUUUUUUCGUUAAUUUUAACUACUACUACGUAGUACGUAGGUUUUAACGAUUUUGAAAUGCGAUAAUGUAAUAUGAUCGAAGUGGGCCGGGUUAUUUGUUGUUGUAACAAAAGUAGGGUAUAUUGCCGUAUAUCCCUUGUUCUGUCUCUAUUUUUAAUUUGGCCUUGUCUUUAAUUAAUGGAAUUUUGGAAGUUUGCAUUUUAGAUA